AUGGCUGAAUUAUCCUUGUUCCCUCCUCAGCGAGACCGCUCGAACAGUGCUGCUACUGGCUUAUGGACAUCCCACCCACACGUCGCGGAAAUCGGGUCCUCUUCUCAGGACUGGACUGAUAUUGAUUUCGAGACAUGCCUGGAUCUUGCUUUUGCGGCCUUGAUCUGGGCUUAUACUGGAGAUGACUCUCCGUGCUUCGUGAGCACUCAUCUGGCUAAGGCCGACCGCCGGCGUUUCUCUCACGUACUCAAAGCGGGGGUGACCACAACUCUCGCUGAAGCUGUGCGGUCGAUCCGGAACGUCGGCGUGCUUCUGAAUGAUGCGAUGGAAGCUCCCAGUAUGCUCGUGCAUGUUCCGCGAGAUCAGGGCUGCUUCGACAAUUGGACCUCGACCACGACCGGGAAGAGUAGCAUUCCGCUGCAGCUGUUCGCCGAACGUGAAGGUGGAACUUCAGCGGCUCCACUCCAAGAUCUUGACGUCCUGACCGACCACGACCGCAAUUUCAUCACCGGCUGGAACUCCACAGCGCAGCAAUUGGACUCUCGUACUGUUCACGAUCGUGUGUCGCAAGUGGCUCUCCGCGAUCCAGACAAAUUGGCGAUACAGGCGAUACAGGCUUGGGAUGGUGAGCUAUCCCGCGGCGACCUUGAACAAGCGACCGACGCUCUCGCGCAUCUUCUUCGCCAAGCCAACAUUCAACGCGGCUGUGUGAUUGGCAUUCUCAUGAACAAGUCAAACUACAUCGUGUGCAUCCUCGACAUACUUCACACCCUCAUCGCUGGUGGUACGGUCUGCAUCCCGUCGCCCGGAGAGCGUACGAACAAUCUCGCUGGCGCCAUCCGGCGAUUGAGGCCAGAUUUCGUGCGUCUGACGCCGUCCGUUCUCAAGGUCCUAGAUCCCGACCAGGUCCCCUCGAUCCGAACGGUGGUAUCAGCCGGCGAGGCCAUGCAACGAUCGCUAGCGGAGAAGUGGCUGACUUCGGGGCGCGUCAGAAUGCGGAACGGGUACGGGCAGAGUGAAGCAUGUGGGACCAAUAGUACCGCAGAAAUGGCCUUAUCGACGGCAAACUUCCGGAGUAUCGGGUCUGACAGCCGUUUGGGCUUUUGGGUAGCUGAUCCGUGGAAGCACGAUCGCCUGAUGCCUGUUGGAGCAAUGGGCGAGCUUAUUCUCGAAGGUCACAGCGUUGCACACGAAUAUCUGGACGAGCCAGGAAAAACGGCAGCUGCGUUCAUCUCAACGCCCCGAUGGGCUGUGCCGUUUGGCGCCGGCGCCGAUAGACGUAGAUGCUCUGAGCGACAAGAUCGAGCAAGUCGUCGUCGAUCAGGUCGAAAGACAGUCACAGCGGACACUCGUCGCUGGCAGCAGGACCAAGCGUCCGAAGACGGCGCUGAUGCGAAGAAAGAAGAGCUGAAUGAUGAUGAGAUUCAAUCGCGGCACUCGGACAAUGGUCAAUUGGAAGUCACUGAUUUCCAAGCUGAAUAUCUUCCACGCAAAUCUGGCUCGGACCGAGGCCUUCUGUACAAAUUUGAUCUCACUCUGCAAGCGACGGCUGACCCCGAGAGGCUUCUCCAGACGCUCUAUCGGUGGGCAGAGAGUACUGGGGCGUUGCGCCUCUCGUUCAUUCGAGAAGACAACAAACUGCCCCUGCAAUUCGUUCUACCUCCGGAAGAUACACGGUGGAGAUCCCGAGUCUACUCACUGUCAAAAGUGGACGACGUUGACGAAUUGUCAGCGAGGCAUGACUUCGUCCGACAUCCCCUAUUGGCUGCGGUAUACACCGCUUCGGGCUGCGGGCGUGAUGUCGUCCACAUCAUCAAUCACGGCGUUUUUGAUGGUAUCUCGCUGGGUCAUCUGCUGGAAGAUCUGCUCAGCAUCUACCUUGGCCGACCUGUCACUCCGAGACCAAGCUUCACAAACUACCUUUCUGAUAGGCUCCUCAGGCAAUCGCCCGAGACCCUAGCAUACUGGAAAUCCCUUUUGCGCGGCUCGUCGCCAACAAGUCUGCGAAGCAUGAAUGACAUGCCAACAAGAAACAAUGUUGGACUUGCAUACAGCUCGGCUGAACAUCACAUCUCACGAACUAUCUACUUGCAGCGACCAGCAGACAGCCCGUACAAAGCCUCCAUGUCUUCCGUCGUACAGAGCGCGUGGAGCCUAGUGCUCAGUGUUCUUUCUCAGCGGACCGACGUCAUGUCCUUGUGCCUCAUGCAUGGGCGUGAUGAGGAAAUGCUCGGCAGUGACAGUAUUGUUGGUCCAUGCGUCAGCGAGAUCCCAUUGCGCAUCCAGCUUCGCGACUCUAUGAACUCGACCGACCUGGUCGACCUCGUCCAGCGACAAAUGUGGGAAUCUGCUCCACACGCACACCUGGGCUCGAGCACCAUCGCGGCGAAAUGUACCGACUGGCCGGAGCUCAAGAAUCGAUACCAGCACAGUAGCUUCGUGCAGCAUCAGGGCGUGAUAAUCCCAUAUAGUAUGCCCAUCGCCGACGAAGGUCAUUUGCAGAUCGCGGAGCCGGAAGUCGAGCAUGCAUUGACGUACGACUUUGAUCUUUUGACCAAGUCCGCGCACCCUAACGAGCUGUAUCUGAGUCUGCGAUGUCUUCAAGAUUCUUACACUUCGGGUGAGGCUAGGACGGUCGCGGAUGCGUUUGUGGCGGCAGUAAGGACGCUGGUCGGCGGAUCAAUGUCCGUGAACGAGAUGCUGGCCCGGAUAAGUUCCAUACCAUCGCUCCCCAUCGUCGCUCUCGCCUGA